CCGGUUCUUAUAAAAAGAAAGUUGUACUAUUUACUAGUAUGGUGCCAGUAGAAGUUGCUUCACGAUGGAUUCCGUUCAGAUGAUAUCUCACAUUGAGAAGCCUCUCAACUAUUCGGUGUACGACGUAAAAUGGAUACCAUGUACGGCGAAGUUCGUUGCCAUCGGAUCGAAACCAAAAGGCACGGGAGCGAUGCAAAUUUACGAAUUGAACCGCGGCUCACUAGAAUUAGUCAAGGAAUGGGAAAAAGACAAAUCGUUGAAAUGUUGCUCGUUUGGUGCCUCCAAGCUACGAACCGAGCAUCUCGCUGUGGGUGAUUUCGCUGGUAAGCUUUCGGUGUACGAUCUCGACCGGUUGGACGCGCCUGUGUACGAGGUAGCUGCCCACGAGGGCAUCAUAAAUUCGCUCGAUGCAAUCGGCGGAUCGUCGGUUAACUGUGGUGCACCGGAAAUUGUCACCGGUGGCCGGGAUGGUUCGGUGAAAGUAUGGGAUCCACGUCAACCCGGCGAGCCGGUAGCUAACAUCUGCCCAGCAAGUAACCAGCCAGGCGAACGGCGGGACUGUUGGGCCGUUGGAUUUGGCGAUUCGUACAAUUCCGUCGAAAGAGUCGUCUGCUCCGGGUACGACAAUGGUGACUUAAAACUGGUGGAUCUUCGCAACCUAAAGCUGCGCUGGGAAUCGAACGUAAACAACGGUGUCUGCUCACUCGAGUUCGACCGUAAGGACAUACGCAUGAACAAACUGGUCGUAACCACGCUGGAAGGAGGCCUGAUCGUGCACGACAUGCGUACGCAGCAUUCAGAGAAAGGAUUCGCUUCGGUGCGUGAGAAAACGGUUGGCCAAUCGCUCGGAAGCAAUGGAGUCAUCAGUGGGGCAAAGUCGACCGUGUGGACGGUGAAACACCUUCCUCAGAACAGGGAUAUUUUCAUGACGGGAGGCGGAUCGGGGAAUGUUCGCAUUUGGCUUUACCGAUACCCGGAGAAACGAUGCAAAACGCUGUCGGACGGAGAAGAGCAAGGAAUUGCUGGAACGUUGGAAAUGUUGCAUGCCACCACUCUCUCAACUCAACCCGUCCACACCUUUGAUUGGAGCCCGGAUCGCCAAGGCCUUGCAGUGUGUGGAUCGUUCGAUCAGACCGUUCGUGUGCUCGUUACCACAAACUUAAAUCUUCAUUAGCGGGCUUACUGUGAAUACGGAGGGUUUCAUAUUAAAUCAAUUUUCUGCAAGAACGGCAUGUUUUAUUGUUCGCUUUAAGAAAAUGCGCCCACGUUGUUACUGUGCCAUUGCCUCCUUCAAUUCGGUCGUUAGU